CAACUCCUCAUUUUUUGUUUCCAUCUAUGCACACCAGAGAAUAAAACAUUACAAAUAGUAGGAGUAUUUGAUAUAGUAUGCAUAUCGAUCCUUUUCGUUAUAUGUAGACUUAAAUUUUUUGUGCAAAGAGAGGUUUUGAAGACUACGAUUAACUCAUGAGAUCGCACUUCCUUUUGUUGAUUUUAUCGUUUGUGCUUUGAAAUUAGAGGAGAAAGUAAAGAAGGUGGUGAAGGAGGUAAAAGAGAAAACAAGGACAUAAAAAAGACAGAAAGUCAGGAACUAGUAAAAAAGAAGGGUAAGACGAUGCUGGCGUGCAUAACUUGCUCAAAGCAGACAACGGAAGAUGGCGGAGAGGAAGCCUCGCGUGGGACUCCCAUUACCAAAGACGCCAUCGAAAGCCUCACAACGCAGUGAGGCAGAAGGGAGUUGCAAGAAAGGGCAGAGAUCAUGUCCCGAUUUUGAUAGAAUUUCAGAUGCAUAUCCACUGCCACCAGGGAGCACAAGGUCCACUCCGGCUUGGGAUUUCCCGUCCCAAGUGGUGCUGGAAGAUGAAGAAGGGCCUAAACAAUGGACGGCCCAAGUUGAGCCCGGUGUUCAGAUCACCUUUGUCUCUCUCCCUCGCGGAGGGAAUGACCUUAAACGAAUCCGUUUCAGCCGGGACACGUUCAACAAGUGGCAAGCACAGAAAUGGUGGAGUGAGAAUUAUGAUAGGGUAAUAGAGCUAUACAAUGUGCAGAGAUUCAAUCAGCAGGCUAUGAACACUUCAGGGAGAUCUGAGGAUGGAGUUUCGAUUUCUGUGAGCGACAUUGAAUCGGAGUGGAUAGAGGAAGACGAGCCUGGUGUUGAGAUCACCAUCAGGCAGCUUGGGGAUGGCACUAGAGAGCUUCGUCGUGUCAGAUUCAGCUGUGACAAAUUUGGAGAGGUGCAUGCCAAGCAUUGGUGGGAAACCAACAGGGAUAGGAUACAAACUCAGUAUCUUUCUUAGUGCAUUUCUGGAUUUAUUUUCGAGGCACAUGCGAAUUUGAUAGAGGUAGAAGCACAUACGACUUCGCCAUAGGUGGAGGUACAGACGCCUUUGCAAGUGUCGUACAAGAGCUUACUGUUAUAUUUGCUAACUGAUAAGAGUGGCUGAGGUGUGUCCUCAUCUUGCUAGAGGUAUCCUCGGGUGUCUUGUGAGGUGUGUCCUUCAAGAUUGUGUCUUGGGUGUGUCCUCAAGUGUUGUAGUGUGGUUUCGUGUUGGUGUUAUGUAGGUGUAUUUGAUGCUUCGAAAACCAUUGUUGAGUAUAAUAAUAUUUCUUUCUUGUGUUUAUUUAUAA